UAUUAUAUUAUGAUGUGUGGUUUGAAUUGCAGGUUUUUCUGGUCAAGAAUGGGAGGUGACUAGGAGUCAUAACAGUAUCUGUGCUGUGAGUGGAUCAUCAGUGGUCAUGCCAUGCUCAUUCACUCCCCCUGCUGGUCAAACUGUUACUAAAGUCUACUGGGUGAUCAACUAUGUAUUGGGGCUCCUACCCCCUGAUAUUUUCUAUACCCCACAAUAUGUGGGUCGAGUGCAGUACAGUAGAGAUAAGGAAACUGAUUGCACACUGACUCUGAGUAAUGUGAGAGUCACAGAUACAGCUCAAUAUUAUGCCCGGAUUGAAACAAAUUCAAGGAACACAAUAUCACAUUCUGUCAACCUCACUGUCAAAGAUCUUGCAGUCCAGAUUUCUGGACCAGCAAUUGAGGGACAUGAAGUAAAACUGAGCUGCAAGCAUUGCAUUUUGGGACAUUUAAUGUGGAGAAAGAAUGGGGACAUUUUCUCUGAUGCACAAACAAGCGACAAAGAGCUGAUACUCCACAUCAGCACUGAUGAUGAGGGCAACUAUUCCUGUGCAUUAAAAGGCCUCGAGGAUCAUCCAUCUCCUCCAGUGAAGCUUAAUAUCAUGUACCCUCCAAAGAACACCUCAGUUUCUGUCAGUCCUGCUGGUGAUGUACUUGAGGGCGCUUCAGUGACUCUGACCUGCAGCAGUGUUGCCAACCCACCUGUGAAGAGCUACACCUGGUACAGGCAGACUGGAGAUGAAACUACUGAAGUAGGCUCAGGGGAGACCAUCACCUUCACUCUGAACACCACCACUGCUGGACCUUACCACUGUGAGGCUACAAAUCAAAUUGCCUCUCAGAACUCCUCUGCAGUUAAUGUCUCUUUGGCAGGUUCAUGGAGGCAGCAUGUAGCUCUGAUUGCAGGAGGGGCUGUUCUCCUCACUAUUGCCCUCAUAGUGGUCCUUGCUGUUGUUAUGUCUCGGAGGGAGAGGAACAUGCUCAGCUCAACUAGUGACUCAAGGACCAGAGACAUAAACACACAGGGUUCUGCUGAUGCCCAGAGGGUGGACUCAGGUGACCCAGCUGAUGCCCAGUACGCCAGCGUGCAGUUCAAGAGUUCCAGAAAGCAGCAGGACUCCACAGUCCAGCUGCAGCAGGAGGAAUUGGUGUACACAACAGUCCACUUCUGAAACUACUUGAAUUUCGGGUUUUUAAUGAAAAUCCAUGUAUCUUCAAAAAUGAAAAAGCAACCAAAAAAUGGUCACAGUUCUCACUGCUUCAUUUCCACUUUAAGAUGGCCUUUCACAUAGUUUUUUUUUUCCACAGGCGGUCAGAUUGUUGAAUAGCUGAUGCACUUUCUUGCACUAUGCACUUUAUGUCUGUUGUUUUUUUUUGUCUGUUGUAUGUUUCCUUGUCUGUUAUACUGCAUGUGAGUGAUGGAGCAAAAUGCAUUUCAUUGUAUUGUAGGCUCACUAUACAUAUGACAAUAAACCCAACUUGA